UAGAGAUUCACAGGCAUUGGGUUUGUACUGUUAUCUGUACUGUGAUGUUAGACCAUUACAUUUCUACAUGAUUUAUAUUAAAGUAAAACCGACCUAUACUUACGUCUGCUUAGUGAAAGGAGAUAUUGUACAUCGAUCAUCGUUCAUAGGCUAAGUAUGUAUUAAGUACAGCAAGCCUACGAAGUAUUGAUUAUGGUAAGUUGGUGAGCCCUAGCCCCUGGUAAAAUUACCAAUUACUGAUGUAAGAGCUGACAUGAUCUCAUGAUUGAUUUUCUUUCCUAGGGUAAUUUUCCCUGACCAUUGUAACAUUGAAACUGAAACAAAUGUAAUGUUGCCGUGCUUCGCUACGUACACAGGCUAUGUAUUAAAGGAUGUGUGUAACAUUUGAGAAGUAUUUCAUGUGUGUUGAUGUCUACCCUUUGUGUACGUUAGAAGGGUAGGUUCUGAGCAUUAUGUAAUGUGCAUUAAAAAUUCACCUUUUGCGCCUUCUCAAAUAGUUCUGUCAACUUGUAUGGUGACUGGCCUGAGGCCUAAUGACUGCCUGUGGGUGUUUGUGGUGUAUUAAAGGGAAAGGCAGGAGAUCAGUCAUUUGAUGAUAUGUGCCCCUACAAUUCUCUUUCUCUGACCAAUACGUGCAUGCACAUGUGUGUAGCGUACGUGAGACAGUUUUAGAGACAACUAACUGCUGUUUUGACUUGAAGAGUGAUACCUUAUGCUAACAAAGAGGAAUGUCUAGUGGUGUGGAUAAGGACGUGGUGGCCGGAUGGAAACAGGUCUCUCAAUUGAACAUGACUGCCAGGAUGGGUCAGAAGUCCACUUCUGAGGAUGCGGGGAAGAGCAGCUAUGACUCUAUCUCUGCUCUGCCCAUGGUGGGGUACAACGCUACCAACACAAAGUCGAGUGAUAUUAUUGUUCUCUCUGACGAAGAAGAUACUGAUGGACCUAACUCCAAACGCAAACUAGCUGUAAAUACCGCUUCCAUUAAGCAACCGACCAUUAAACAACCAACCAUUACAAAAGCCCAACCAAAGAAAGUGGACACUAAUUUUAUUCGUGAAAAACUGCUUGAAGAAGAAAAAAAACUAAACGUUCUGAAAGCACUAAAGAAAAUACAGAAACAAGACACACCUACAACACCAAACGGUCGAGUCACUGCAUUCACUAAUACCCACUCCAUCGCCACUGUACCAAUACAGGGUAGUGCAUUAAAUAAGUCAAGUGCUAAAUCAAGAAUGUCCACAUUUGAACAUAGUCAACGUUCCAGCCAAUCAAAGAUUGUGGUUGUCCCUGGCAACCUCAGACCGAGCUUAAACACAGUCACAACUGUUACCAGCAGUGGAAUGGGGACUGGUAUAUCGUCGCGGUUACAACAACUUGUAGACAAUGUAGCAGUAGAUCAAGCCUUGCCAUCUGACAGAAAUCUUUCUCGACUUGCGUCAUCUCUGGUCAAAACAAAAUCCUAUAAUCCCCCUGUGCCGAGUCUCACCACAAUCGCCACCGGUUCCAAAUAUACGAAAUCAACUUCAAAACCCCCUCACGAGAUGGUAACUAUAUUCACCCCUAGUCGAUUCCAACCUCCCCCUCUUCUCUCCGCCGCCAAGAGUGGGUCCAUACAAGUCUCAACAAUUUCCUCAACCACAGGUAGUAAAAACCUUGCAAUUCUUGCUCUUAGUAAAGCCGAGAUGAAUGAUAGUGAUAAGCAGUACGUUAAACUUGCAGUGGAAACCUCAAAGCGCUACAGAGACUUCAUGCUGAGACAAACACACAAUCGUAGAGCCUUCAGUAAGCAGCUUGAAAGACAGAUCCUUGUUGCGCCGUACCCCAAGACAUUUCGACAGGUUUGGCCGAUAAUACCUGUUCAAGAUCCAUCCUUCAUACCAAACUUUGGUCUCGAAGGUGUGGUCGAGCACUUCCAAUCUAGCGCAAGAUCACACGCCCCAAAAGCACCCCCGAAAGUGAAGCCAGUGUGCAAUCAGUGCAAAUGUGACUUUGCCUCUGCAUGGCAAAUACGAAAGGGAAACUCUAAACAGCUUCUUCUUUGCGAAUCAUGUGACUUUCAGAAUCUAAAAAUCCUGCAGCGCUCAAAACUCUCUACUCAAUUGAAGACUCUUCUUGAAAGUGUCAGGAAAGAAGAGGACCAGCACAAUGAAGAAUGUGAGAAGUCCAAGAAAGAAGUUAUCGAGCUGGAGAAAAAAUCACUCCUUUCUCUUGGCAACAAGCCACCCCCAUUGAUGAGUGAACAAAAGGACCCUAAUCGCGUGAUCACUACUAAUGUUAUCAAAAACAGUACCAAAGUGUCUGUUCUUGAGAAACAUAUGGUCAUCAAGACUGCUGCUGCUGCUAACGGCAACUCGAGUGAGUCACAACAUCCCGUCAUUCCAAGUAUCCUAGGUCAACGGUACCACACACCUGAACUAUUGCCAAUUGAUGAGAUCAUCAAGGGCUCGAGAAAACGUAAGGAAACCUCCAGUGCCCUACCACCCAGUAAAUCGUUCAAACCUGGUUCAGCAUUGGAUCAAACUCUGAACAAGCUUAGUGAGACCUUGAUUAAGAGGAAACUGGACGAGCACAUACGACCAGUUGUGCACGAGCAAUCUCCCAAAGUGAACACAGUUAUCGAGGCUGUUGCAACACCCACAUCACCUGUUUCUAUGGAGAAGAUGAAUUCAUUUGAGUCACGUAAAAAUCGACGUAAAGGAACUCCUAAACACAAGAGACUGCUUAGUUCAUCAUCAGGAACAGGAGAAUGAUUAGCAAUGGUGUUUCAAUGUAUUACUGUUUACGCAUUUAAUACCCUGUGUUCAUAAUCCUUUAUAAGUUAACAUUUAACAUUUAACCAUGGAUUGUGGUGAUGUCAGCAUAUAAUUGA